AUGGAAUCUAAAGGAAGUGAAACUAAAACCAAAGAAGACAAAAAUAAAGCCAAAGUAGACAGGAAAAGAGCCAAGGAAGAGAUAAAUAAAGCAGAAGAUAAAAGUAAAGUUGGAUACAGAAACAAGAAUGCGACCCACGUAAAUGUAAAUGUGGUGAAACAACAUAUUCCUGAAAAUAAUUAUGUGAUAAUUCUGUCUCAAAUUAGGAACGCUCCGGAAAACAUUGCUAGUUAUGACUUAGGAGAGAGCAAUAUAUUUGGAAAAAGAGGCACAAUGACUGAAUUAAAAAGUACAUACAAUGAUACAAAUAAUACUGAAAAUAGAGAAAAUAAUGAAACUGAUUUUACAAAAAACGAAAUGAAGAAUGUUUUGGAGAAUAAAAGUGGCAACAAAAAAUUGAAUAUAGCUCAAAAAGAAGAAAUAGAGAAAAGGAAACAUGCAGAAGAAGAUGAGACUGGUGAAAAUAUUCAGAUUGAAGAAAGAGAAGAAGAUGAGAUUAGAGAAAUUAUGCAGAAUCAAGAAAGAGAAGACGAAAGUGGAGAAAAUAUGCAGACUGAAUUUAUUUUUAACAUAAAUGACACAAUUAUAGUUAGAUAUUAUCUAAGAAAAACAUGGAAACAUUAUAUAGGAUUUGCUGAGAGUAUAGAAUUCAAGGACGGAUUAAAUUACUAUCAAGUAAAAUUUUUGAAAGCUAUCAAAGAAUCGUUUAAUUCUUUGAAGUUUACAUUCCCAAGAAAAUUAGAUAUCGAUAUUAUUUUAACCAACAAUUCUAUCGUUAAGAAAGUAAAUUUGGUACAAAAGGAAGAAGCUUCUAAGGAAUAUUACCUGGAAGAAGAUCGCGAUCUAAUUUUCUUCACAUAA